UAUUUUUUUUUUUUUUAUUAUCAAAAUUUUUUUUCUUUUUCCCUAAGAAUGUGGCUCAGACCAUGGGGAUGAGCAGCUGAAAUCUCCAGGGAUCAGCAGGACAAUGCCAGAGCAAGCAUUGUGCUGACGGCUCUGCAAACGCUGGCACCGGUUCCCGGCCAGCAGUACCCUAUAAAAGCUGAGCCGCUGAAGUAGGCAAACAUUACAUGGGCGAAGCAGCAGUACCGCCUGAGCUAGACACCGAUCCAGUAGCAAAGAUGGCUCAGACAAACCCUCUGCCUGUUCCCAUGGGCCCGUGGAAGAUCACCGUGUACGACCAAGAAAACUUCCAGGGCAAGAGGAUGGAGUUCACUUCGGCCUGUCCAAACAUCAUGGAAUGUGGCUUCGACAAUAUCCGCUCCCUGAAGGUGGAAUGUGGCGCCUGGGUGGGUUAUGAGCACACCGGCUUCUGUGGGCAGCAGUUCAUCCUGGAGAGGGGAGAGUACCCGCGCUGGGACGCCUGGAGCGGCAGCAACGCCUACCACAUCGAGCGCCUGAUGUCCUUCCGCCCCGUCUGCUCCGCUAACCACAAGGAAUCCAAGAUCACUGUUUUUGAGAAAGACAACUUCAUCGGCCGCCAGUGGGAGAUUGCUGACGACUACCCCUCGCUGCAGGCCAUGGGCUGGGCCAACAACGAAGUGGGCUCCAUGAAGAUCCAGUGUGGAGCCUGGGUGUGCUACCAGUAUCCUGGCUACCGUGGCUACCAGUACGUCCUGGAAUUUGACCACCACGGUGGAGACUACAAGCACUGGAGAGAGUGGGGUUCGCACGCCCAGACCUCCCAGAUCCAAUCUAUCAGGCGUGUCCAGCAGUAGCUCCUCACUUCCCAGUCCAUCUCUGCAAGGUUUCGAAAGCUCACCAGCUCCCUCUUGGUGCUAAUACUCCCCUCCCAAAAUAACCAUCCCCUCUCGUUCUGCCACUGCUUAUGGAACAACACUCCCAAAACGGUACCGACUGCCACAAUUGCCAAUAAAUGUGACUGAAAGAAAAAGAUAAAUCAGCUUGGUGUGUGUUUGCUGUUGUGUGUUUGGGACUGAGGUUGCAGGGAGCAGGGAGCACUCUCUC